CAAACAGCGAGUGAGAGAAAGAUCAAUCACUCUCUCUCUCUCUCUCUCUCUCCUCCUCUGCUGUAGAGAGAGAAACCCAACACACCAGCCAGUGAUCCAAACAUGUGGAGACUCUCACAAAGAAAGUCCCAUCUUCUCACUCCAAAGACCAGACUAUCCUCACUAGCUUUCCAACAACAACAACAAAACCAAGACUUGAUCGAUGAAAUCACCACGGUACUCAAGCGCAACAAUUGGAUCCACCUCUUGGAAUCAUCAGAAAUACCCAAGAAACUAAACCCAGAUGUGGUUCGAACCGUUCUCCACCAAAACCAGGUGGGUCUUGAUUCCACACGCCUCCUCAAUUUCUUCCGCUGGUACGAACACAAACUGGGUUCAAUCAAAGAUUUAGAUACCAUGUCGAUUCUAGUCGUUAAUCUCUGUAACUCUCACUGUUAUGGAGCUUCUAGUGGUGUAAUUGAACGAAUGAUUAGGUCUUGUUGUUCUUCUUCUUCCCCACUUGUUGUUUUGGGUUCAAUCCUGAGGUUUUACAAAAACUCUAAUAAUGGGUCUGUUUCGAAUCAGAAAGUGUUUGAUAUUCUGACUGAUAAGUAUAGGAAAAUGGGUCUCUUGGAUGAGGCUGUUGGGAUUGUUUUAGGUGCUAAAGAUGUUGACUUUGUUCCUAGUUCGUUACUUUUCAAUUCUUUGUUGAGUGAUUUGUUGAAGACUAGAAAGUUGAAGUUGUUUUGGAAGGUUUGUGAUGCAAUGUCUGAAGCAAAUAUGCGUUUUGAUGUUUAUAGUUAUACCAAUAUGAUCAAUGCUCAUUGUACGGUUGGGAAUGUUAAGGAGGCUAGAAAAUUGCUUCUUGAAAUGAGGGAAAAGGGUUGCGAACCAAAUGUGGUUACAUACAAUGUGGUCCUUGGAGGGUUGUGUAGAGCUGGGCUUCUCGAUGAGGCUAUCGAAAUGAAGAAAUCUAUGGUUGAGAAGGGGAUACUCCUUGAUAAUUACACUUAUGCUACUCUUAUCAAUGGGUUUUGUGCACAAAAGAGAUUGAAAGAGGCGAAAAUGGUAUUAGUGGAGAUGACUGAUUUGGGUCGAACGCCUGACUUAAUAACAUAUAAUGCUUUAAUUGAUGGGUUAAUGAAACAAGGUGAUAUAGAAGAGGCUUUUAGGAUUAGGGAUGAGAUAGAUGAUCAUGGUAUUCGAGAAGAUUUGCUUAUAUACAACACGCUUCUUAACGGGGUUUGUAAGGCUGGUAGGAUGGACCAGGCAGAAGAACUCAUGAAUAAGAUGAGUAGAAGGGGCACGACAUUUGAUUCCAGAACUUAUACUUGGUUGAUUGAGGGUUAUUGUCGAGAGGGCAAUAUGAUUAGAGCUUUUGAAGUGCUUGAAACGAUGAAGAGUAUUAAUUUGGCACCCACGGUGAUGACUUACAGUGUGAUAAUUAAUGGCCUUUGCCGUAAUGGAAAUCUCCAACAGGUAAGUGAGGUUCUUGGGGAAAUGGUUGCAAAUGGUUUGAAACCAAAUGCUGUAGUCUACACGACUCUGAUGACAGCUCAUUCUCGAGAAGGUAGAUUUGAAGAAUCAAGAAACCUUUUUGAUGAAAUGACGAAGCAAGGAAUCAUGCCAGAUGUAUUUUGCUAUAAUUCUGUUAUAUUCUGCCUUUCCAGAGCUCAAAAGAUGGAAGAAGCAAGGAGUUGCUUGGUUGAAAUGUUGGGGAGAGGUUUAAAGGCCAACGCUUAUACUUAUGGAGUUUUCAUUGAUGGAUAUAGCAAGCUAGGGGAAAUGCAAAUUGCUGAUAGGUAUUUUGAUGAGAUGCUCGGUUGUGGUCUAAAGCCAAAUGUUGUAAUUUACACUACAUUGAUUGAUGGGCACUGCAAAAGGGGGAAUAUUACAGAAGCCUUCUCGGUAUUUAGAUGUAUGCUUGCACGAAGGGUUCUCCCGGAUUUUCAAACUUACAGUGUGCUCAUCCAAGGCCUCUCAAGGAAUGGAAAACUGCAAGAAGCUAUUGAGAUCUUUUCCGAACUCUGUGAGAGGGGUUUGGUUCCUGAUGUUUUUAUUUACAACUCUCUCAUCUCUGGGUUGUGUAAACAAAGUGAUUUAGAGAAGGCUUUUCAACUUCAUGAAGAGAUGUCUGCGAAAGGGGUUACUACAAACAUUGUUACUUACAACAUCUUAAUCAAUGGGCUUCUUAAGGCAGGUGAAACCGAAAGAGCUAAAAUAUUGUUUGAUGGCAUUUCACAAGAAGGUUUGACACCAAACACGGUAACAUAUACUACAAUGAUAGAUGGUUGUUGCAAAUCUGGGAGUGUAGACGUGGCAUUCAGAUUAUUGGAUGAGAUGCAACAGAGGGGUAUCUCACUAGAUGGGUUUGUCUACAAUGCCCUUCUAGAUGGCUACUGCAAUGAAGGAAAACUGGAAAAAGCUCUGGACUUAUUUCAACAAAUGUUGCAGAAGGGCUUUGCUUCUACUCCAUCUUUCAACACAUUGAUUGAUGGGUUUUGUAAGAGUGAAAAGCUUCAAGAAGCAAAACGACUGUUUGAAGAAAUGAUAGAAAAACAGGUGGUGCCUAAUCAUGUCACAUACACGAUUCUCAUUGAUCGGCAUUGUAAGGAGGGAAUGAUGCAGGAAGCAAGAGGGCUCUUUUUAGAGAUGCAGGAGAGGAAUCUAAACCCUACCACCAUAACUUAUACGACACUUCUUCAUGGUUACAACAUGGUAGGUGAUAGAAAAGAGGUUUUUGCAUUAUUUCAGGAUAUGGUGGAUAAGGGAAUUAAGCCUGAUAAAAUCACCUAUUAUGUAAUGUUGGAUGCUCACUGUAAAGAAGGGAAUUCAGUGGAGGCAUUUGCGUUAAGGGCCGAGAUGUCAGAGAAGGGCAUACAGAUGAGUGCAAAAGCUUAUAAAGCUUUAAUACAAGCCCUGUGCAAAAAAGAAGACUACUCUAAGGCACUGAGUCUGCUUGAUGAAAUGAUAGCCAGUGGGCAUAGGCCCAGCGUUGCUACGUUUAGUGUUGUAGUUCGCGGUCUUCAAAUGGGUGGUGAGAUUGAUAAGGCUACAAAGGUUUUGGAGAGUAUGAUGAGGUGGGGAUGGGUUUCAGACUCUUUUAGUUUAUCUGACCUAGUUGAUGGUAACCUGACUGAUGUCGGGCUUCUAGAUGCUUCCAGAAACCAGAAUAAUGCAAAUUCUGAGGACACAGUUGAUCUUUUGAAGCAAAUGGCCUAGGGACUUGCCUGCUAGGCCCAUCGUUCACUAAGGAGAACUAAUUUAGGGCUCCUUUCUGCUGCUUCAUCUGAUCCAUUCAAUGGUUUUGAGCGUUUCUGAAGCCAACAUACAAGAUGGGUGUUCUGGAGAAUCAAUGCUCAAGAGUAAAGCAUCUCCAGAAUUGCUGGGAAGAGCGAGGUCAAAAGUAUGAUUCUGUACCCGUAUAAGCCAUCUGGUAAUGGAGCGUGGCAGCAUAGGUAAGUACUAACUUGUGUAGCUCCACCAAUUUGGAGUUGAAGUUUUGGUAUUGAAAGAGGUUAAUUGCUUGCCUGAUUUUUAUUCACGGACACUAAUAAGAUCGAACACAUUGAUCACUCACUCUGAAUGUCAUUUGUUUUUUCUCUACCCUCAUGUAGUCUUGUAGAUAUGACACAUCGUAGUUGGGGGAUAACACUUGAAUAUCUUUGUUCUGUCUUUAGUCUUCUCCCUGUAAAUGUUAUUAUUAAUGAGAGAGGUGCAUGAGAGAGGUGCACUUUAAUUCUGUUACUUUAAUUCUGUUACUGAAAAUGUGAAUUUGACUCUUGUUCAUCCAA